GAAUAUUCAAAGAAGGUAGAUAGCAAGCCAUCUUGGAAGGUAGGUAGCAAGCCAUCUUGGAAGGUAGGUAGCUAGCCAUCUUUGAAGUUAGGCAUGCCAAACUUGGAAGAAGACUUGACUUUGCUUCCAAUUGCAUGCCACAUCCAUGAACCCAAUUGCCUAUAAAUAGGCAUGUAAGGUUGUAGCAAAAAUAACCAAAGGCAAGAGUCAUCCAAACUAAUAGAGUUUGAGAUAGUAGUGAGAUCCUCACUUGAGAGAUUAGUGAGAAGAAAAUUCCUCUUGAGAGAUAGAGUGUGUGUUACCACUUUGGUGAAGUUUAGUCACCAAAGUGAGAUUGCCUUGUAAUCCCAUUAUUUAUAUAGUGGAAGAGAGUAUUACUACUGCCCCGAGGACGUAGGCACAUUUGCUGAACCUCGUUAAAUAUUGUGUCUUCUUUUAUUCAUUUGUUGCUAUUCCGCAAAUCACACGAGAGGUGGGAAAAGUUAGAUCCUGGGAUAACCAAUUAUCCAUUGGCCUUGUAUUAAGGCAGCCCUUCUUUCCUAACACGGAGUGGGAUCUCUGUAGGUCAUGCAUGAACUCUCAUGGCAUCUGUGGAUCGAACUUAACGACGGAUUCGUUUCUGUGCCUUUGCGGGGAUCAACCUUACAAUUUUACUUGUCCAGGUCUUCGAAGUGGCACCAAGUUGAUUAUACAUAUAGGUGUUUUUUGUGCAGGAACGACUAUGAUGUACUAUGUUCUAUUUCUUUGCGUCUGUGGAAAACAAAGUAUUUUAACUGGGAAUGAGGAAACGAACAUUAAUGAAGAUGUCGAGGCCUUCAUUCAGAAUAUUGGACCUCUAGCAGUAAAAAGAUACAAAUUUUCAGAUGUAAGAAAAAUGACCAACUCAUUUAAAGAUAAACUGGGUCAAGGUAGUUCUGGUGAUGUGUACGAAGGUAAGCUAAUGAAUGGUUGUCGUGUGGCCGUGAAGGUUCUUAAAGAAUCCAAAGGGAAUGGAGAGGACUUUGUUAAUGAGGUUGCAAGCAUCAGUAGAACUUCCCAUGUUAAUGUGGUCACUCUUUUUGGGUAUUGCUUUGACGGUCAGAAAAAAGCGCUCAUAUAUGAGUUCAUGCACAAUGGAUCGCUUGAGAAGUUCAUAUACAAAGACACUAAUCCUUUGGAAACCAUUCCACACUUGGACUUUGAAAGACUGUUCCAAAUUGCUACUGGGAUAGCUCGAGGGGUCGAGUACUUGCACCGUGGGUGCAACACACGAAUCCUGCACUUUGACAUAAAACCCCAUAAUAUCCUUUUGGAUGAAAAUUUUUUCCCAAAGAUUUCUGACUUUGGUCUUUCUAAACUCUGUACAAUGAAGGAGAGCAUUAUAUCAACGCUGGAUGCUAGAGGGACAAUAGGGUAUGUAGCUCCAGAAGUAUUCUGCAGAAACUUUGGAAGAGUGUCUGCUAAGUCCGAUGUCUAUAGUUAUGGAAUGAUGAUUCUGGAGAUGGUUGGAGGAAGAAAGAACGUUGACACUCAAGUGAGCCACACCAGUGAAAUUUAUUUUCCAGAUUGGGUUUAUGAGAACCUUGAGCAGGACAGCAAUUUCGGAUUGCUCAAUGCUGUGACUGAAGAGGAAAAGGAAAUCGCAAGGAAGAUGAUCUUAGUUGGAUUGUGGUGCAUACAGACAAGGCCAUCUGAUAGGCCAUCCAUGAAUAAAGUGAUUGAAAUGUUGGAAGGAAGCGUUGAAGCCUUGCAAAUACCACCAAAGCAUGUCAUAUCUUCUCCUGCAAGAACAUCACCAGAAUCUUCCACCUUAUCAGUAGUAUCUGUUCUCGAUUAAUGGAUGUAUAUGUCUUCGAUAGUUCAAUUCCUUGUUUCUAAAGAUCAUUUAAGAAAUCUUUUCACUUCA